AGUGGAGAAAGUCGAGAAGGAGGCGCGGGGGGAGGGAGGAUGGCACCCACUGCCCACUGCCUGGGAAAGGGAUAGAGACAGCUGGACCGUGGCAACUUUCAGCCUCUCCCCUUUCUCCUCCUUCCCUUCCCAAGCGCUCCUUAUCUUCCCAUCCCACUGCCUUGGUUGCAAACGGGACCUCCGCUGCCUAAAGGGACGGAGAGGAAGGCUGCGCGCCUUUCCUCCAUCCUCUUUACUCUGGGUUGCAGCGGGGGAUCAAGGCCAUGCAGGUGUCGCUCUCCAGGAAGUCUACUGACGGAAAUCUUUCGGAAACAUUUCUCUAUAAGAGAGCAGGACAAAGAAAUCCUUUCCCUUGGUUGUUGUAGGUUUUCUCGGGCUGUAUGGCCAUCUUCCAGAAGCACUCUCUCCUGACGUUUCGCCUGCAUCUGUGGCAAGCAUCCUCAGAGUUUGUGAGGUCUGUUGGAAACUAGGAAAACUGGGUUUAUAUAUCUGUGGAAGGUCCUUUCCCUUACUUUUUCUCUCGAUGCAACUUGCUGCAGCGCCGAGGUUUGGAAUCCAGCGCCUGGGAAGAAGAGAGCGCCUUCUGUGCAAAGGAAACUUCUGACGGAUCUGGUGCUAAAAAACUGGAAGCUGAAACAGAGGGGAGAAGAGAGAGACUGGCUACCAGCUUCAUCAUGGACUUUUUCUCAGCAAGUACAGUUGGGCUGGGCCUUGCAAAGUUGAUCAUGACAGAUUGAUGGCUUGAGUUUUGGCAGACUGUUUACCCUUCAGGGUUUAGUGUAUAUAUAGAUAUAGAUAUAUAUCCCAUUACACAAGAAUAAGUUGAAACUGGGAGACAUUGAGGAAGGACCAGUGCAAUUUCAGCUCUCUGCUCUCCUCCUUUUCCAUGCCCAUGUGAAUGUGCAGAGCUGGCAAGUUUGGUAGAUAACUCAAGAGCCUUGGGAUUUUCUUGCCAUGGCUUCAGCGGAUGGGCUGCAGUAUCGAGCUCUCUAUGAAUAUAAGAAGCAUCGGGAAGAAGACCUGGCUCUCUGUCCAGGAGAUUUGCUGACAGUCAACAAAGCUGGGUUUAUGUGUGUGGACUACAAAGAAGGUGAAGAGAGGAACCCCAAAGGCUGGCUGAAUGGCUUUAAUGAACGUACCAAGGAGCAAGGAGAUUUCCCAGGCACCUAUGUAGAAUACCUGGGCCCCGUGAGGAUCAUGGCCCCUACCCCAAAGCUCCGGCCCCUGCCUCCAACACCUUCCAAACACCUGAGGGGGUCCACUGGGCAGAAGGAGCUUGUCGAUCAGAUAAAUAUCCCAGAACAAGCACCACUGGUUGUCAUGAGGCUUGUGGACGCUUUAGAGAAAGAAGGCUUAGAUAAUGAAGCUCUUUACCAAGCCCCUCCUGGAUCUUUCUGGGAUCCUCAAAUAAAACAGUCUCUUCUGACAGACAUGGCAUCAGUUGAAUUGGACUCAUUUGAUGGGCAGACAUUAGCUGCAAUGCUUAGGUGCUAUCUGAAGGAACUCCCUUGCCCUGUGAUCCACCCAGCAAUAUAUAGUGAAUUGCUCUUCAUAGUUCAAGAAACACAGACUCUGGAAGAACGUGGUCAACAAGUAAAGAUGGUGCUGGAAUCUUCCUGCCUUCCUCAGUGGAACAGACUCCUUUUGCAACAUCUGACCAGGCAUUUCUGUAAAGUGUGCCAGAACAACACCAAGAGUCACCUUACACCUAGGUUACUUGGAGAAGUCUUUUGUGACGUGCUUUUUAAACCGUCCUUAUCAAGCAUGGAGAUGAAUCCUGAGCACCAUGUGAAGAUUAUCGAAGCUCUCAUUGUAGCUGGUGGAGUGUCUGAGGCCCAGCCAGCACCAGCUCUUCCUCCAAAGCCCUCCAAACCAAUAACUCCAGUUAAUACAAAUGGACUAAAAGAGAAUUGCAUCUUAUCACUACAGGAUGCAGAAUGGUACUGGGGAGACAUCUCAAGGGAAGAAGUGAAUGACAAACUACGAGACAUGCCAGAUGGAACUUUCCUGGUUCGAGAUGCAUCAACAAAGAAACAAGGAGACUAUACGUUGACACUAAGGAAAGGUGGCAACAAUAAAUUAAUAAAAAUUUACCAUCGAGAUGGAAAAUAUGGUUUUUCUGAUCCAUUGACAUUUAAUUCUGUUGUGGAGCUAAUUAACCACUAUCACCAUGAGUCUCUUGCCCAAUAUAAUCCUAAACUUGAUGUGAAGCUGAUGUACCCUAUAUCUAGAUACCAGCAGGAUCAGUUGGUAAAAGAAGAUAAUAUUGAUGCUGUAGGGAAAAAGCUUCAGGAGUACCACACUCAAUAUCAAGAGAAAAGCAAAGAAUAUGACAGAUUAUAUGAAGAAUACACCAGAACAUCACAGGAAAUUCAAAUGAAGCGAACAGCAAUAGAAGCAUUUAAUGAAACAAUUAAAAUAUUUGAAGAACAAUGUCACACCCAAGAGCAAUAUAGCAAGGAGUACAUUGAACGUUUUCGAAGAGAAGGGAAUGAAAAAGAAAUUGAAAGGAUUAUGAUGAAUUAUGAAAAAUUAAAAUCACGCCUGGGGGAGAUUCAUGACAGUAAGCUACGACUGGAACAGGAUUUGAAGAAGCAAGCCCUGGACAACCGGGAAAUUGACAAGAAAAUGAACAGUAUCAAACCUGAUCUUAUCCAGCUACGCAAAAUCAGAGAUCAGUACCUUGUUUGGCUUAAUCAUAAAGGAGUGAGGCAGAAACGAAUAAAUGAAUGGCUGGGAAUCAAAAAUGAAAACAUUGAUGAUACAUACUUUACAAAUGAAGAGGACGAAAACCUGCCACAUUAUGAUGAAAAGACCUGGUUUGUAGGUGAUCUCAAUCGUAUUCAAGCAGAAGAUUUGCUUUGUGGAAAACCUGAUGGGGCAUUUUUAAUUCGAGAAAGUAGCAAGAAAGGCUGUUAUGCUUGUUCUGUGGUAGCUGAUGGUGAAGUUAAACACUGUGUGAUUUACAGCACUCCUAGAGGUUAUGGAUUUGCAGAGCCCUACAACCUUUAUAGCACCCUCAAAGAAUUAGUCCUCCAUUACCAGCAUACCUCCCUUGUCCAACACAACGACUCCCUCAAUGUCCGGCUGGCGUAUCCUGUCUACGCACAGAUGUCCUCCCUCUGCAGAUAAAUUUCAGGAGGGUGAAAUAUAGGUGAAGUGUUGGUUAUCUUGGAUUUCUUUUCUACCGUUUUUACUAGAACCCAGAGGGCAUUCUUUCUCCUUAGACUGCUUGUUUUGCACAAGAAGUGAUUUGAUGAAUGUGAAUUGGAGACCUAGCAGCAACAAGAUAACAGCUUUGGGGUAGGUGCCCUGGUGCUACCUGAAGAUCGGAGGUGUUUUUAUAUAAGGAAACACUGUCUCUUGUUCUCCCUUUAAGGAACAAGGAAACUCUCAAAAUGCAUACAAAACAACAAGAAGCAAAACUGUGGAGAGAAGUAUUUUUGCCAGGUGCCAUCAGUGGAACUUCUACUUGGAUUUUGUUUUUCUGAGGUCUUGGUAAUUGUUGUUCAGUCUUAUUAUGCGCCAGGAAAUGGGGGAAAGUUCUGUGCAGCAGAAACUUUUCCUGUUAAUUUUAGCAGCCUUGCUGCAAGUCAGACAAACUUUUAAAAAUGAGGGCUCAUCUUGAUGUAGCAUGGUAUUUGAUGAGAGGAGACCAAAGGAAUUAUGGGGAGAGUUUCAGGUUCAUAUUUAAAAGGAAUAUCCUCAAAGAAAUGUUGCUUUAUAUUUUACCAACAAUAACAAAGUUUGGUUUCGACAGCACUACAGGUCUUCAAAUAAAAGAAACCAAACUGAACCCACCAAAACUUCUCUCAUUGCUGGAUUGAGCACUUACCAGAAAUAAAUUGCAUUUGCAAUCGCACACUUGCCAAAACUUGAAGAUAAAAAAAUGUAAAAGCUAAAACUUUCUUGUGUAGUUUUCAAAACUCUGACCUGUUGUAACUGCACCACUUUCCCCAUGUUACUUUGAAACUACAUUUUCUUUCUUCCCAGGAUGUCAGAUUUUGUUUUUAAAAACAUAUUAAGCUUUGGAAUGUAAACCAGAAUGAAGCUGGCUCUUGACAUGCUUAUGCUGAACAAUUAAUAUUCUGUUUGAAAACAUUUUGUUUUCUUUAAAAAAACUAAAAGUGCAAUGGAUUACUUCUCAGCGGCUUGCUAAACCAAAAAACAAACAAAAGCCCUACAACCGCAGAAAUUAAGUGCAGUCCACUUUAUUGAAACUGACUUCAAAACUAUACUUGUAACAUAUUUGGAUUGCAUGCUAAAUCAUUAAUUCCAAUGCACUGGUUGUCUACUUACCCUUAGAAUUCAUUGUUGGUUUACAAUGAGGCAGAAUAUUUGGGCAUUUGAGUUCUGUGAGACUAGUUGAGAUAUAAAGUGGUAGAAUUUAUCAGUAUGUAAACAGCUUUGCUUGGUCUUCAUUAGCCAUGUCAGAUUCAUCUGGACUAUAUGUAACAUCCAAUAAUGAAAUUAUAGCAGAGUGAGAACUGGAUCCAUUAGACUGUGAGAGGUAGAGCUGGUACAAUACUAUUUUGACUUUUUUUGUCACUACCCUUGUUGAAUCUUUGUUGUCAUUACUAAAGACGAUACUUGAGCUAGAAAACUUCCUUACACAAAAGGGAGGAAAUUAAGCAAAUUCAGCAUGAAAUCUUUCCUUUUUUUGUUUUCUCUGGUGUAAUAUUUGAAGUGCAUGCCAGGGAGUUGGGACAUGGAUCAUUUCUGGUUAACCGUACCUUCAGUGCCACCUUGAACCCCGAGACUGUUAGACUAAUGUUUACACAAAGCAGAAUGCACUAUAGAGGAACAUAGAAGUAUUAAGCAAAAUAUGGAAUUGCUGAACAGGAAAAAAUGAUGAAUCUUGAGCACUAAUCAGCAGUUGGAGGGGCCAAACUAGUUUGCUGGACAUGUCCCCAAAGCACUUCUGUUUUGCACUAAUCUUCCACCACUUAAGAUGAGCAGCUUACUGCAGAAGCGUCUUUUGAAUUGGAAUGGUGGAUAUCACACGACCCCAAAACGUCUUUUGGGAAAAGAUACUAAAUGAUGGCAUGUGCUGCCGCUUUCUACAGCCCCCUCUCCCCAUAACUAGAUCCCCCACUCCCUCCCCAUCCACCAGCAAUAUCUUUGUUUAUUUAAGUAUUGCUCUGGAUUUUACAGCAGGAAGACCUUCCAGGGACUGGACCAACUUGCACAUUUUAAUCUGAUAUCUGCACAUUACCUAGAUUUCCUUUCACACAAUUUAGCCUAAAAUUUAAUGGCCUUUUCUGCAGGAACAAUUGUAAGUUGUUCAACUUAACAUAUAGCCAGUGAAAUACUCAUUGGUAGCAUUAGGCAUCAUGACACAAUUCCCGCUGCUUCAGAUAACAUCAGUCUUUUUUGCCCAUAUAAACAAUUUGAACAGAAUUCUUAACGUAACUUAUACUGGUGUAGCCAGGACAUGUGCCAAAGGAACUUUUUUUUUUCUGAUGGUAUGUAAGGAUGUAUCCAGUACCUCCACACAUAACAAUUUUGACAGAUUGAGCAAUUGUCAGAGAGUGCCAAGGCACAGCUUGACCCUCCAGCUCCCUCCUGCCACCAUCAGCUGGAUUCCUUUGCCCACCUCCUUCGGCACUGGCCUCCCCUUUUGCCUUUGACAUCUGGGAACCUUGGUGUAAGUACACAAUGUGAACUUUAUGUUUUGCCAGCUUCAAAUAGGAUCUUGUCCUCUCAUUUCCUUUUUUGUUUUAAAUAUUAAUAAAUUAAUAAAUAAAUGCUUUCUUUAAACCUUUCAUUUACAUUUCCCAGCUAACUUUGUGUACACUUUUCUUUCAAAAGCUUCCUUCCUGUACUUUUUUUAAAAAUGAGCUUAUGCUGACAUACUUAGAUCAAUACAGCACACAAAUUAAAUUUAUAUACAGCUUCCUUUUGGUUCGCUUCUCUUUCCACUUGGUUUAGGUAAAAAGGUAACAGCUGUUGGUGUUAUCCAUCUGGUGUUCACAUGCUCCUGCUUGCCUCUUGUGUUAGACUUUUUUGGACAUACUUGGCAAGUGAAAAAUCAUUUUGAAGGCAACUGAAAUACUGGCAAGUUUUUUUUACUACCGUCCUCAUUCAGCUUUCUUCCUCUUUUCACUUUUAGCUGAUCUCAAGUGACUGCAUCAUAAUUUUCAUUGUUCAAAUCACCUUUUAUUGUUAUUGUCUUGCUAGUAUCAAUAACUAUAUUUGAAGCUAAAACAAAUGCAAAAGAGAAAACUGCAGAAAUUAAAUGGAUGAAUAUGUAGGGCCAAAGUACAAGAAAGCUCACUAUAUUCUCAAAGCCAACUGAGUUAGGCUUGUUUUGGUGGCAAAUGGUUGUAUUUUAUUUUUAAUACGAGAGCUGUGGAACAUAUUUAUCUAUGUGGCCCAUCUAGGUGAAUAUCCCCACCAGUGUUACUUGAUAAGUGGUUGUGUGGAGUAAGAGUGUCUUCUAAUAGUCAGUUUAUCUUAAGUGUAUUUUCAAGAACUGCAAGUUAUUCAGUACUUUUUCUUUCUCCAAGUGGAACACUGCUUCUCCUUUUGCAGUUGUUUUCCUUGUUGUGAUGCACAAUAUAUCCGCUAAGAAUGAAAAGUGAUUGAACUGCCAGUCCUUUUGCUGCCUAGUUUCUUUGCCAGUUUGUUCCAUAAGAACAAACACACACACACUUGAUGAAAUGUUCCUGGAAGAAUAGAUGCAGGAAGCAUACAGUAUUGUUUUCUCUAUUCCCAUUUUGCACAAAGCAGUACCUUAAACAAUUUAUUUAUUGGAAUAGGAAUGAAUCCAGCAUCCACGGGUUUCUUUCUAGCCUGCAAAUCAAAAAUUCCAUAUUACUUACAUAACCAGUUCCUGGUUAUGUAUGUGAGACUUCAUUGCUCAGCCCCCCCCCCCCCCCCCCCCCCCCCCCCCAAUUAUUGGUUCCUUGCACUGCAUCAGAAACCACAAGUUAAACCCCCUGAGUCUCGGAAAUAACCUGCCAAGCAGUUGGAGCUGCUGUGAGCAGGAUGCAAACGUUUUUAAAACCUUUCCACAGACAGAGCGCUGAUUGUGUAGACCUUAGGGUCCUGGCCUCAAACAAAAAGCAGUGAGGGCUCCAAAUAGUUUGUUUACCCCACAGCCCAUCUUCCAAAUCCAUUUUCAGCCCUAUCUUUCCAUAAAUUGGCAUGCACAAUCCCUCCAAACCCAGCACUUUUCACUUAACAACUGUUGGUGUUUCAGUAAGUUUAAGAAUAAAUGAAAACCACACCAAAUUAUUUUAUAUAUAACAGUCUAACACCAAGCUGUGGAAGCUCAGGAACUGGGAUAGGAGCUAAUUUUUUGCCUGUCUCAGCACAGGCAGACUAAGUCUGUAGAAGCAAAGAUUUAGACUUACUAGGUUUCUUAGACAUCUUUUUCUAAAAACAAUUGAAAUGUGGUCACAUGUCAUGCUAUAUUUAAGGGCUUGGGUGGUUUGGAUCUAAUUAUGCUGUUGUUUGCUUGCUGUGGAAAGCCUUGACAACAUUUACACUGACUUAAUGCUAUUUCUGUUCACGUAGCAAUUUUCCUGUUUUACGAUCACAUUUGCUAAUGUAGAAAAUCCUCUUUUUGGUACUUGAACAAUAUGUGAGUGCGUGCAUGUGGGUGUAUGUGUGGUGGUAGCAUUUUUGAUUCAUACUAAAACAGGGAAUACAAAUCUAAAGUGGUAGUGAAUAUUCUGUGGUGCGCGCAGACGAACACAGAAAAAAUUGAGACAAAAAGGGCAGAACUGGGCAAGCAUUUCAGUGUAUGUUCAAAGUUUGUUUCAUGUUCUUUGCUUUUGUUUUUAUUUUUUGUUUUUAUUCACUUUUUUUAAUUUGUUAACAUGAACCCCAAAAGAUCUGCUUUGUGGUUUGAGAAUUUUUUUAAAUAUUCCCAAAGUAAAGAUUUACAUUUAAUGUUGACUUGUCCUUUAAAGUAUUUGCAGCUGGAAGCAGUCAGACCUUUGGCUUUAGUAUCUUGAAACCUCCAGGAUUUAACCACAUUUUCAGAUAUGUUUCUUUUCUAAAACUCACCUCCCACCUCCCUAUUCCAAAAAUGAACUCUUUUAAAAUACCACCAUGUGAUAUGUUGAUAGGUAAAGUUACAUUUUUAAGGACUAUUUCUUCUUUUGUCAUUCUUACCCCCUUUAUUCAUUCUUACUCUCCUCACUUCCCAGCCUCAAAAGUGAGGAAAUUAAUUUCUUAUCUCAAUAGCAGCCCUAUUUCACCAAAGUCAGAACCAGUGUUGGAAAAUCCACCAAUUAUCCAGUUGAUAGAAGCUAUGUCUGUCCAUGGCAUCCACCUGCUGCUAUGCUAUUUAUUUGCUGUCCUAAUAUGUUUGUGCUAGUUUCACUUACUUGUAGCUACAGCCAUUGUGGCUGUCAAACUGGGCAUGGCUUCUACACAUUCCUCUCUCUGCCCAUGUUGCCCCCCCCCCCCAAUAUCCCACACUGAAGUCAAAAUCGAGAGGAAACUCUAAAAGCAACAGCAGGAACACCUUAAUAGUUUGGAAAAGGGAGGGGGGUCAAUUCCAUCCCUCCAUAUUAUGGUGUCUUAACUGAAGGAGCUCCAAAAACCUACAGUGUCUGCAGUAGAGCCCUUUCAUGUGAUGCAACAACUAAAGGGAAAAGCCAUUUAAUAUAUUUUCAUUCCAUUAAAUAGUUGGUGUCCAUGUAGUCACAAGCCACAGGGAGGAAUGCCGGGUGGUGGUACAUUAAUAACAUCUAUCAAUGGAUUCAGUUCUCUAGACACAUACCUGGUCACCGCAUAUCACGUAAACCCUAAAUCUCAGACAAUCCCCCUCUUGACUUUAUCACAAAGCAAAAUUUUGGGCCCAAAUUGUACGAGAAAGGGAAAUUACAGUCAUUUUUUAAAAAAGAAAAUAGGAAAAAAUGGUUUGACAAGUGUACUAAAAUCCAAAGGAUACAGGACUGCUGAAAGAUCAAAGUAAGUUCUUCUCUAUGUAAUGUUUUCAGUUCAAAGCAGUAAAAAGGUUUCAGUUAGAUUUAGGAAUCAGUUUUGUGAGAGGAAAUGCUUUUUUUCUUGCAUUAUACUCUUGACCCCUGCAGCACAUGCUAUUUACCUCGUAGAGGAGAACAGAUGCACAGUUGUGUGUUCUCUUGCUUCCUACUGCAGUAAAUACUGAUUCAGUGGUGUGAUUAAGAAUGGGAUGAAACUAGGAUAGAUGUUCCAGCAACUCCUCUCCAACCACCCUUUCUCUUGUAUAAUUUAGGGACCAUGCAAAUGCUUUGAACUAAAAACACUACAGGGGAGAUCUGAUCAUGGAGAAUCCAGUUUAUCUAAUUUGGUCCUGAGAGAAAAACUUUCCCUAUCAGAAUAUGUUUAGACUUGACUAUAAGAAAUAGUGAAAGUUCUGCAGAUCUGAUGUUCUGCUGGCAGAAAACUUCUCCAGGGAGGGAAUUCUUGGGAAUACCACAGAUCUGUUUCGUUCCAAAGGGUGCAUGAGGAUUGAGAUCAGUCUGUGACUUCUAAAAGAUACAAAGUUUUAAGCACUGGCAUAUGGGGCUGGCUCUGUAGAUUUUAAUGCAGAUUUUUUUCUACGAUUCACAACAUGCUUUGAUCUUAUCACAUCCCAAAUACAGAUGUCCUACUGACUUAGAACUUAGCUUGAAGAGCUCUAUGCAGUGAUUGAGACAGACACAUCUUUUGUGUUUGGUGGGACUCAGCAACUCACUAAUACAAUAAGUAUAACAUGUAGUGAUAAGUCUUGUUCUUUGAAGUCCAUUCUGUUUUUUCAUACUGCUUGAUAUCUUGCCUAUAUCCAUGAGAAGAUUGCACUUUCUCCAGUCUACAUCUCGGGCCACCUUUUUUAUUCUCCUAGGUAGGGUGCAGACAUUUGCUACACAAACUACUAUUUCGAGAUAUUUUUCAGGAGUCAACAUGCUCCUCUCCCUCUUCAUCAUAAGUCUGUUGGUUGCACCCUUAAAGAUGCCAGCCAGCUGUUCAAGUAAAUCUUUUAAAGUGCAGAGUGUUUGGUCUUUGAGUGACUGAUUGCAAAGACGUUUGACUUGGUCUAUUGAUAACUUUAUAAGUUUUGCCAGUUUACAGCACCAUGGGAUUGUACUGGUCUGCAACCAAUCGCUUCCCCCUGCCCCCUUUCUCGCUGUGUGUGUGUAUAUGUACUGUAUGUAUAUAGAUAUAUGGAAACUAAAUUCACAUACACAUGUCCUUAUAUGCAUUAGCCAUACGUGGCUCUAGCCCUCUGAAAGUCCCAUUUCACUAUUUGCACUUACUUUACUCACCCCAUGAUGGAAAGCUGGGAUCAUUCUUUAGUUGCCCCCCUCCCAACAUGGAGUCUAUCACUAAUUUUCUUGAUGUACUUUUUAUUUCUUUUUUUUUUUAGUGUUUUACUUAUUUGAUCCAAAUAAAACAUGAAAAUUUAUUCAAAGCAAAGUUGUUAACAUUUUAUAGAAGCUCCAUUUCUUUUGAGAUACAGUAACUGUUGCACAUUUUCAAAUUGGUGGAAGCCCCAUCUACAAUGAAUGUGCAAAGGAGAGCCGUAGCAUUAAUCACUGUGUAAGGCGAGUAUAAUGUUUGUAUCUCUGUAAGAAUGAGUGGGUAAACGUCCUCUUGUAUUGAGACAUGCCAGGACUGUGCGCUCCUUUGUACAUCCCGCACAUGAACAUUGCAUUCUUGAAAUCCAUUUUGGUUUUCCUUUUAAGGGAUGCUAUUUGUCAAAGAUUUGCUUCUCAUGAAGCAAUCGGGAUUGUUUUUGUUUUUGUUCUUUUUAAUAUGAAUUCCAGCAUGUAACUUUGGUAGUCUUGUUGGUAUGUAAAACCUGUUCUUCUGUCAUUUUAUGGUAUAGUCAACUUCAUGUAGUUUAACUUUUAAAGAGAAACUGCUUCAUGAAGAAAACAGUUGUAUGUUAGUCAUAUUGUAGUUUCUAGAUGAGUAAUGCAACAUUGUACUUGUCACCAAAUGUGCUAUGAUCUUACUGUAUGUUUCUAUUUUUUAAAUAGAUGGUUGAGCUUUGGAAUCCCAGACACUAAGCAUUCUGGCCUACUUUGCUUUAGAAUAAAAAUGCAAUAAAAGAUUGCAAUAAAGCACAUUUAAAUGUAAUGUUUUAGAAGGAUGUACUGACCGCUGUUUCUAAUAAAUUCAGAAAUACAGCCUAGCUGGUAUGAA